AAAAUACAAAACCCUAAACCUCAGAAACAGUGGAAAAUCUGACGAUCGGAUCCCCAAAUCUCCCUCGGAAGCUUGGGGCUUCAGCUCCGAGUGGUAUUACCGUGCGAAAAGAAUCUCUUUAGAGGUUGAAGAAAUGGGUUGGAAAGCAGCAGAGAAGCUCAUCCGGCACUGGAAAAUACUCCGGGGAGACAAUGUGAUGAUAAUCAGGGGCAAGGAUAAAGGCGAGACUGGUGUUAUCAAAAGGGUAAUUCGCUCCCAAAAUCGUGUUAUUGUUGAGGGCAAAAAUCUGGUAAAGAAGCAUAUUAAGGGAGGACAAUAUCACGAAGGUGGUAUAUUUACAGUUGAGGCCCCACUUCAUGCCUCAAAUGUUCAAGUUGUUGACCCAGUCACUGGGAAGCCUUGUAAGGUAGGAAUCAAAUAUCUAGAAGAUGGAACCAAAGUAAGAGUGUCUAGGGGGAUAGGUGCAUCUGGAGCCAUCAUUCCUCGCCCUGAGAUCUUAAAGAUACGGACAACACCAAGACCUACAGUUGCUGGACCCAAGGAUACGCCAAUGGAUCUUGUUACGGAGAAGACAUACGACCCAAAAACUGGGAAGGGCAUGCCUGAUCUUUAAACAACCCUCUUCAGUUUUACCAGAGGCAGCAUUGAACAUACCAAUUGUGGAUGUUGCAUUAUUAGAUUACAUGAAUCAGAUAUGUAUGUUUAUCAUGAAUAAUGUUCUCUUGUACUAAAUUCAGCAUCUAGUUUUAUUACUCAUGCUGCUGAUUAUUGCUCGGUAGACGUUCUGCAUUGUAUUCAAGUUUUGACGUUUUUGGUUUAGUAUCUUAUGAAUCCUUUUCCUCUUACCAUGAAUGUCAUGC